AUGGUGAUUCGAACAAUUCCUACCCCUGUGUCUCCAACUUCGAAGAAAAGACAUGUUGAAGAUGUCGCCAAGCAUAUUUCGAAGAAACAAAAGAGGCCAAAGAAACAACGAAAGUUAGUUCUACAUGAAGAUUCAAGUGAUGAUGAAGUGGUUCCUGAUACACCGCCUACAACAACUAUACUGGGCCAUUCUUCACGUGUGAGGGAUUCUCCAGUCAAGUCGACUUUCGAGGAGACUGGAAAUCUUGAUGGCAAUGUGACCACUUCUAAAGUAGACACAACCAUCAAUCCAGGUGAACAACCAAAGAUUUCAACUCCUAAGUAG